AUGUUGCCGACGUGGUCAGAACUUGGCUGCCACGUUCACAAGCUAGGGCUCUCUCAAUGGAAAAGAGGUGCUUGGACAGUUGCUGGUGCGAAUCAUAUCGCAACUCCUUUCGUCGCAUCACUUGCAUUGUUGUGCCCUGAUCAGGGCAGCAACCUCCGCUACUUGGAAAUCAAGCACUUCCCGCGCCUCCGAAAGAAUCAUCUCGGCGUGCCAGGAGCUGCGCUGCCUCCACAGCUAUGCCGAUGUUGGCACCACCAUGACUCCAUCUUCUGCGAGAUCAGGAAGACAAACUUCACCGUUUCUGCCGUCCAGCAGCUCCUCGACCAGUGCAACUCCCUCGUCUACUUGUGGCUGGGAACGCUUGUGAUGGACGCGCCCGGUACUAAUCCUCUCAGCAGCCAUAGCCUCGAUUGCCUGGAGAUUGACGACUGCAGUGGUGGUGGCACCGCGAACGUAGUUCUAGCCAUUGAAAUGCCUAAGCUCCGCUGGCUCUUCAUCACCUCGGUGUCGAUGCCGUGCGUGGAGCUGAGGCCAUCUACAUGCAAUGUCGAGUGGCUGCGGAUGCAUGGACGUGUGCGGUACCGGGGCCUGUGCCACUCGUCGAACAAGCUAAGAUCCAUCACGCUCGGGAACUCCUUCCAGAAUCCCGCCAACGUGAUGGAGCGUGUCUUGCCAUUGCUGCAGAUCUUGGGUGGCGUCAAGGAUCUGAGCGUGCUUGUGGGGGAUCAUGACUUCCAGCCUCGCUCCUUCAACCUCGCUGCCCUUCUGGAGCUCUUCCAGGGACUCGAGGUCGUGAGAAUCGCUCGGUCUAGCAUCAAGGCACUGAGCCUGGACGAGUGGAGCAACAGGAAAGCGCCCUUGGUUGUGCACAUUGAGACGGCGUACAGGAGUGAGAUAGGCGGCUCCUGGGAGGCCGACGACGUCGAGUUUGUGUGGGAGCUCCUGAGCAGCAGCGAUUGCGUGAGGCUGCUCGAUCUGACAGGCUUCGUCUACUCGAAUGAGCCUCCCGAUUUCCAGCCGCAGGUCCCUGCCGCGUUUGAGGAGCUCUCGCAAGCUUUCCCUGGCCGUGUCAAGCUGCAUCCGUUGCUCUUUGAUCUGCAUCCAAAGUGUGGGAUGCUGACGCGCGCCUUUGCAACUAGAGUGAAGGCCGAGCCCCCCUACACAGCGAUCCAGCACUGGUGCAAACGCAUGCACUCGAUGGAAACGCCCGCGAUCGAGAGCUGCGCUUGGCAGUAA